CGCAUUUUGACUUUCUAGACGCGCUUUUGUUGUCUAUGGUACUAUUGAGGCCCGACGUGGCUUGAAUGGCCAAAGAAGCUCUCAAGGUCUUGGUCCGGCUUUUGCCACCUGAGAUCACGGAGGAUGAGCUGGUCGCCACAGUGCCGCAAGCGCACUUGGAGCACACGACAUGGCGAAAUUUCCAGGCUGGCAAGCGCUACAAGGGUGAAGCCAAGCCAUCGAUCAAUGGCCGUUGCUAUUUCCUCUUCGAUAGUGAGGAGAAUGCAGAGAAGUUCAUCAAGGACUACCAUGGCCAUCAAUUCGUAGAUGGUCAGGGAGAAAGCUUCAGGGCAGUGGCCUGCUUUGCUCCUUACCCCAAAGUGCCUCGUCAAAAGGCCAGCAAGGAUCAGCGUGAUGGCACGAUUUUCGAGGAUGCCACAUACAAACAGUUUGUAGAGAGCCUGUCGGCUCCAAAGACGUUUGAGGCUCCUCCGGACCCCGUCGCUGCGCUCCAGCCAGCCACGGCGAAGGACACUCCACUCCUGAACUACAUGAAGACCAGGGCAGCUGAACGAAGAGCUCGCCAGGAGAAACGUGAGAGAGAACGCAAGAGAUGGCAUGACCGCCUUGGUCGGAUCGAAGAGAAGCCCAAAUGGCGUUGCGCAGAGUGUGGUACCUCAAAGCACUUAGAGGAAGAUCCAGACCAACGAGGCGUUUGCUAUUGCACCUACUGCUGGGAGACAUGGGAAGCAAAGGAAUACAAGAAGAAGAAAAAGUCAAAAAAACAUGAAGAGGAGUACGAGGAAGAAUGGUAUGAAGAGGAACCAACGAAGAAGAAAAAGAAAAAGAAAGGCGGCUAUGACGAGUGGCAGUCAAGUAGCUGGUAUGCGGAAGGUGGAGAGUGGGAUGAAGGUUGGUAUGAAGAAGCUGAGGAGGAACCCAAGAAGAAGAAAAAGAAGAAGAAGAAGGGACAGGAAGAAGAGGAGUAUGGUGCAUGUCAUUGGCGUGCCGAGGACUACUGGGAAGAAGAACCCCGAGAAGGGCGAGAGGGACACUCCAAAUCCAAAAGGUCGAAAGCAAAACAAAAGGAAGAGCAGUGGUGGGAAGAGCCCGAAGAAAAAAGCUCCAAGCGAAGGUCCGAGGGAAGGUGGCGUGCCAAAGAAGCAGAUGCACCGAAGGAGCAAGAAAGACCUCGCAGAAGCAGGCGAGAAAAAGAGAGUGAAGGUUCUCAAUGGGUUCCGAAGCUGCAGAAGCACUGAGCUCAAACCAGCGGAAGCUGGAAGCUGCAGGUCCUGGUGAGAAGCGAUUCCGCUGCGAUUGCGCUGCGAUUCCGCUGCGAACGGAGCAGGACACUGAUGACAUCUGAACACUCUGGAUGUGUUGCUUCUGAGAAUUCAUCAUGCUGUAGGAUCAAGAGUUCUAUC